UCCUUUCCCCCUGGGGCCCAUCUGCCCAGUCCUGCCCCAGCCUCAGGAGGAGUUGGAGUGGUCUGGACCCAGCCCUGUGCCCUCAUCAAGUCUCCGCUCCUGCUCACGCCUGUGGCCAUGGGAAUGAUCCUGCUUCUCCUCCUCUUUGGGGGCGUCUGGACCCAAGAGACGAACCCAGAGCUUGUGGACAUCGCGACCACUUUGGAGAUGUCUGCACCCACAAGACCCUCUGCUUCUUUGACCCCAACUUUCUCUGAGCCCCCAGACCUCAGCGUAGUGACCCCCAGUCCUGCAACAGCCAGAGUCCGCGAGGAGAGCAACGGCACCGGGCCGCAGAUCUCCCCACCUUCUUCAGCUUCCUAUACAGACAAUGAGGUGUUCUUUCUCGGGGCUUCCACUACUGCCGGUGGUGACCUCCAUGUACCUGAGCCAUCGGUCUCUGGGGAAGUUGCCACCAAGAAGUCAUCAAACCUGGAAACUAAUGCUCAAUCACUAGAAGACUUUCUGGAACUUCACAUUAUGACUGAUGGAACCACGGUAACCGGCUCUCUGGAGACCUCUGAUGUCACCAGGGGGCCCUCCGCCACCAUGGCGACUGGCUCUCCAGAGACCUCUGAUGUCACGAGGGGGCCCUCCGCCACCAUGGCGACUGGCCCUCCAGAGACCUCUGAUGUCACCUGGGGACCCUCCGCCACCAUGGCCACUGGCCCUCCGGAGACCUCUGAUGUCACCUGGGGACCCUCCGUCACCAUGGCGACUGGCCCUCCGGAGACCUCUGAUGUCACCUGGGGACCCUCCGCCACCAUGGCCACUGGCCCUCCGGAGACCUCUGAUGUCACCUGGGGACCCUCCGCCACCAUGGCCACUGGCCCUCUGGAGACCUCUGAUGUCGCCAGGGGACCCUCUGCCACCAUGGCAACUGGCUCUCUGAAGACCUCUGAUGUAGCCAGUGUAACCCCUCUCACCAUGUCAACUGGCUUUCUGGCGAGCCCUAAGGGGCCCAGGGGCUUCCCCACCUCCUCGGCAAAAACAACCCCCAUUUCUACAGGCACAGGCAGUAGGCAUCCCUCGUUAGUUCCCAAGAAAAAUGGCACCCUGCUGGUGGCUGUGGUUGUGGCCCUGGUGGUGUUCACGAUCCUUGUGACCCUACUCCUGCUGUGGCGCCGGCGGCAGAAGAGGAGGACAGGGGCCCUGAUACUAAGCAGGGGAGGAAAGCGCAACGGGGUAGUAGAUGCCUGGGCUGGGCCGGCCCAGGUGUCUGACGAGGAGGCCCUGACAGCAGCAGCAGGCGGGUCUGGGGGCGGGAAGGGCCCCGGGGUCUCCGAGGGGGAAGCGUCUGGCCAGCGGCCCACACUCACCACUUUCUUCGAUAGACGCAAGUCGCAACCGGGCUCCUUGGAGCUGGAGGAGCUGAAGGCCAGGCCGCCCCCCAUCCUAAACGGGGAGGAGGAGCCGCUGGUGGGCAGCAAGGAUGAGGCUGUGGAGGCCCCUGCUUCCCAGGGGCCAGAGGCCGGGGAUGUGGAGGCCCCUCAGUGCUUGUGAAAAACAGGAGCGCAGGUCAGAAUGGCUCCCGGCCUUCACCACCUUCCCUCCUAUCAUCGCCUCCAGCUUCCUUGUCACGCAGCAUCGUCUGGGUCCUCACCCUGUAUGUUCAUCCCGAGCCCUCAUCCGGCUUCUCAACCCCAGGUCUCCCAGGCGGCACCCACACCCCCGGAACCAACAGACUUUGCUCAUCAAUCCCAACUGGUCCUCAUCACCCUCUUCUCCACGUUUUUGUCCUUGAAAUCAGCUGCUGAGUCUCCACAAUGCCAAACUUCCUUGGCCAAUGCCUUCUCAGGGGACUCCCCAGGGACACGGGAGUCUAGGAAGGAAGAUGGGGACAACCCAGCAAACUCUCGAGGAUUGCUCUGGAAUGUGCUUUUGGCCCCAUAGAUUAGGACAGUCCUACCGGCUCAGCCCACGAACCUGCUUUGACACUGCGCAGUGCUCCGUGCCCGGCCACUGGCCAUCAGAGCAGGGACUCGGGGGCGUCACCUAGAUGUGCUCUCGGAUCCUAGGCUGGUGCCUGGCCCACACUCCCCACCCCCUACAUGUGGAUUGAGGCGGCAGCUCCUUCUCCUCCCAGGGGCAGAGGUGAGAAAAGUUUCCUGGCGGGUGUAGUCCUCCAGAAACCCUGGCACCCGCGUGUGUCCUGUCACGGGCGCAGCUUGCGUGCAAGAGGCCAGGCCUUGGCCACGUUUGUGCAGGUGGCGGUGAGUAGGGCCGGCGUGUGGAGGGGACGGGAGCUGCCAAUCCGAGGAGCCCCUGAGAACGUCUGUGUCCUCAUCUUGGUUCAGGUGGGGUGGAGGCGGCAGAAGAUUUAGCCGUGUCUGUAGCCCAAUAAAGAGCGUGGGGCUUGAUAGACUGCA